AUGGCUGCCAGCUUAGGCGCGACAUCGUUGGCUGAUGUGCACCACGAAGGUCUAAAUGAGAUCUUACGCGACUUGGCAAAUGCUUAUCCUGUACACGCGGAACAAGAGCCGCAGGUUCUAGGCGUCCCAGUUCUUGACGCGCUACUGGAAGUCUUCAUGCAAAGAGCAAUGGGGUUGUGGGCUGAUACAGCUCAUCAACGAUUAUCGCGAGAACAAAUUCUGACGGAAGAUGAAGAGAUGCUUCUUCUUGGCGACGAGGAAGAAGGCGUGGCCGAACCCGGUGAGAAUCCGGCUACCAGUGAACUGCCAUCCAAUAUCUUGCUCGCCCACUCCAACCGAAGCAAACUGCCCAGCCCUGUUGUGGAGAUCUCAAGUAGCUUGUCAGCUUCUGGAAAAUCUCAGUUGCUGUACUAUUUGAUCGCGCUUGCCAUCUUGCCGCGUUCGUUCGGCGACAGCUCCAUCGGAGGGCACGAGGCAGCCGUCGUCUUGAUUGAUGCCGAUGACCGGUUCGACGCCCGGGCUUUGCGAAUUGUGGUUCGAGGGAUUGCGAGCGAAGCAAAAGGUCUCUCUGACUCAGAUAGAAUCACAGCUCAAGGUCCACCCGACGAUGAGCUCGAAACAGUGGUCAGCUCUGCAAUGCAACACGUUCACGUCUUUCGCCCACAGUCAUCCUCUGCUCUACUAGCCACUUUAUGCGCUUUGGAUACCUAUUUUUUCGAUAUCUCGCGUCACCAUUCGGCCUCACGUCCGUUGCAGAUGAUUGCCAUUGACAGUGUCACAGCAUUCUUCUGGCAAGACCGACUCCGUGACGAAGUUGCGCGCACGGAAGACAUUGGGCGCUCUCGAAUAGAGAUUGAUCAAGAACGUGAACAGAAGCAAGGCUUUUAUCUUUCUGACUUGUAUUCCCAACUAAUCACCGAGUUGAAGCGACUGCAAGGCCGAUUUGGCUGUACCGUUGUGUACACCGCAACGGUCUCUGGCGGCCGACCCUCAUCCAACAGCAGCCAUUUUGCUCUUAGCCCUUAUGACCGAUUACCAUCUCGAACACCGUCACUUCGGCCCGCUCUUCCUGCACCAUGGGGAUUCUUCCCUACCCUUCGCCUUGUUGUGCAUCGUGAUCUGGUACGCUCAUUCCCACCCGCAGCAAGUGCACAUGAUGCAAGAAAAGAUGCUCCCAUGCGGCAAAAGGUUGUGCGACAGGGUAAAUUCUCAGCUUGGAUCAAUUCAUGGGGUCGCGAAGAAUGGCCUCGUCGGGUAGCGGACAGCGUGGAUGCUCUCAACGGCGGAUGCUUUUCUUUUUACGUUCGCGAGACUGGAAUUGAGAUCCCCCCUAUUUGA